AUGGGCCUGCGCAUACUACCGACAUGUGUCAUCCUGGCGACGCUUUUCGCGUGCGUCCGGGCAGACGGGCUGGAUGACUUCACCAACAAUCUAUUUAGCGACUUGGGUCCAAUCCUGGCCUUGUUUGGAGAACGCGUCACGAUGCAAUUUAUGAGUCAGGCUAUGGACUGGGUAGAUUGCAUUGCCCUGGCUAUGGCUCCUCUGGGUAUUAUCACGGUCCUCGUCAGUGCCAUUCGAGUAGGCGGGCCACCGUGGCUCAAAGCCGUCAUCGGUCGGGCACGAGAGAACACAGCCGCUGCGGAGAUGGAGUUGAUGUCAUCGACAUCUGAAGAGGUUUGCGAGCUCUUUAAUGGGAACAGUUUCAUCCGGUGUCAAGGAACGGCCCCGGUUUGGGAGUACAUCUGUAUUAUUCCCAAGAACGCCAAUUCCCGGGAAAAAAGGCCGUUGCAGUUCAUGACUCUUGACGAUGCAGUCGACGAGGGCCUUUUAUCAACGCAUAAAGGAGGCACAAAACUACAUUUGCCCCGUAACCCCAAACCCAACCGGCCAAAAAUCGCACGAGGUGACGUUGGCGAGUCCACUUCCAUGCCCAACACUGGCAAUGCAACGAAUGGUAAUUGGAGUGGCGCAAAACACUGGUUCAACCCUGGGAUCCUUCGACGACGAGGAGCGAGAGAUGCCGGAGAUGUGGAGAGCCAAACAGAUGUCCGCUCGGACGAUUCGCCAGACUGCCAAACCGAGACAACGAAAGAAUGCAUCACAGUUAUCCGACAAAUCACUGACAACGCACCUAAUAUAACCCUCAAUCUGCAAAAAGCCAAUCUCCAAGAGACCAAUCUGCAAAAGACCGUUGGCCGGACGUGGAUCAACUACGUUGCAGGGCUCGGCGGAUUGCUUCAAGUAGGAGUCCUGGCCUUUUUCGGCGUUAUUAGCUACGACCCCAGGCUUCAGACUGACUUUCAGAAAGACGGCAAACCAGCCGCGUCUUAUGGCUUUCCUCUAGCAGCAGGCGGCACGGUCUUAUUGGUGACUGGAAUGUUUCUCUGUGCUUUAGUCGUCGAAAGUAGCACUGACGAGACGAUUUAUAAAGCCAAGGAGGACCAUGAGAUCCGCGUGUACUGGCUUCAGCAGAGCCAAACCGUCAGUGAUCAAGUCUUUGAAUCCUUUGCUGUGUUUCCAAAGCAAGACCUCCAUCUUACGAGCAUCAUCAAGUCAACUCGGCAUCCAGAUCUUCGCAACGCCUCUGAAGGCGGCGACGGGCUUACGGGCUUACAAAGGAUGACGAUUUUCAGUGUUCCCAUAGGUUUGCUUGGCUUCAUCAUCCAAUUCACCGGUCUCAGAGCCAUGAACUCGGCUGCAUCACUCACACAGCUGGCUGCCGUCGCCAUCAUGACCGGAUGUCGAGCAUUCGCCCGACCUGGAUUCUCAAGUAGUUUUGAGAGACAAAAGCUCCUCUCCGGAUACGAACUGGACUGGCUAGCCUGGAAGCUGGUGACGGAGAAGGAAAAUGCUCCAGCUGGUCAACAAAAUGGACAACCGAAACCCAAUGAAAAGCCAAAACCCGAUGAACAACCAAAACCUAAUGAACAACCAAGUCCCAAUGAACAGCUAAACCCCAAUGAAAAGCCAAAACCCGAUGAACAACCAAAACCAAAUGAACAGCCAAAACCUGAUGAACAGCCAAAACCUAAUGAACAGCCAAAACCUGAUGAACAGCCAGAACCUGAUGAACAGCCAAAACCCGACAAGCCAAUUGCUCGAUCUUGGGCUGUUCUCACUGGCGAAAUGGUCAAGUACAAGCCCCUGGAGCCACUCACCAAAGAGAGGGAAGAGAUGGAAGCACACGAGGUGCUGGUUGCACGUCGGGAGCUUUGCAAACUCGCCAAAUUCCAGGGUCAGACGUCGACAGAAGCCAUCAAUCUCGCCAUGGCAAUUGAGGCAGCGCUCCACACUCUAUUUCCAGACGGCCCUCCCAUAUCGGCUGCUGGGGAGUCAUCCCACUCAGACACAUCACACAACCAGCAGGGCAAGGGCUUUCGAUGGCUGGUCAACGUCACGCACAGCAACUCAGUUUUGACCAAUGGUACGGAGCAAGAAACUCAAGGAGAAGUGGGGUUUGAUCUGAAUUACACUGAUAAUUCCUGGCACGUGCUGGCAGACAGCCUUGAUGCAGCACUGUCACUGUGGGUUUACACAAUUCGAGAACGAGAGAAGCAGCAGUCAGACAGAAUUAAGGAUGAAAAUACCAACUGCGUGGGCAGAGAGAAUGACGAGUGGCUCCGUCGCAAAGUGCCACAGCCAUGCUUGAGAUUAAUUGACCCGGGCGAGAAGCUCAAAGCACAACUUCUCCAAGACCUGGAAUGGUGGGCCCCGCAAAGCACCGAACAUCUAUUAGAGGUUGAAGAAGACGCAGACUCGAAAGAUGCGGACUCGAAAGAUGCAGACUCGAAAGAUGCAGACUCGAAAGAUGCAGACUCGAAAGAUGCAGACUCGACGGAUGGGGAGACUGAGGCCACGAACUCCAAAGACUUUGACGCGACCAGAGCGGUUGGUUGUAGUCCUUCCUCAACCAGCAACACCAAACCUCAGAAACGUAGCUUCCGGACCUUUCCUCCAAGCAUGGAAAGUAACAAAAGAACCCUUGCAAUAGAGUCACGGGACUCGUUGGAACACCUCUACGCCAAGGACCUCCUCUUCUCCUUCAUAUGCUCAGCUGCACAGACACCUGGUGCAUCUGUCAAGGGCGGAGCUGAGUUACGAACAGCCGCUGCUAGCAAUCGAGCCCCCAAAAUCCUUUGGCAUAGAGAGCUGGCGAGACUGGCCGACUCCUUCCAUUCGAGCAGUUUUGGAACUGAUCAGGAAGCCCUGAUGAGCAUCAUCGCACCUCUCAGCAUGGGUGGGAUCCUGCCGUUUCCACACGCCUUGCUCGAAUCAAUGCGCAAUGAAGUUACAGAAUAUUGGCAAUCGGGAAAUGAACAUGAUGCCUGGAACGUCUACGGUGACCUUAUAACGCAGAUGGGGCGCUAUGCAUCGGGGAAUAGCGGCCUUUACGAGUCCAUGUUAGCAUUUGUCUUGGAAGUGCAGAAUGACGCCACGUACCAAGUUCGUUCUCUAAUGACACACGACAAAACAGUGUAUCAUCACUUGGCCAAUUUCGAGUUCCGGCUCAAGAUGCGCAUCAGGGCGAGCCUUAAAAAGUGGAAAGUGAAACCCGAAUUCUUCUACGAAUUUAAAAAGCUCCUCAAGAAGUCAGGAACGGAGCUAAUUGUUGAUCUAUCACGACUGCCUUGCAAUGAUCAGAGAGGCGAGAAUUCAAAUGCAGAUGAUGACUUUAAUACAUUUCCGCCAUAUUUCAACCUCGCUCCAUCACACAUUCUUGCAUUGGAGGGUUCAUUCGCUAAGGAGCAGGCCGACAAGAGAGACUUUUGCGGGCGGACUCCGCUCCAUUAUGCCGCAAUGAAGGAUGAAAACCACGGCGCUCUUAGGUUGUACUUUGCGGCAAGGCACAAAGAUUUCGACAUCAACGUCAAGGAUCACCGCGGAUAUACCCCAUUACACUAUGCGUGUGCGCUUGGUAGAUAUGAGAACGUGACUGUCUUGCUGGAUUUUCAUGCGAAGCUUGACAAUCAAGGCAUUGAUGGCAUGUAUCCCAUGCAUCUAGCAGCUCGCAAGGGACAUGUGAAAGUAAUCGAAAGAAUUCUACACACAGACGUACAACGGAGAUUGACAGACCCACAACGGAGAAGGACAGACUACAACGGUUUUUUGCCAAUACAUUGGGGUGCGAGCAAUGGCUACGUGGAGAUCGUACGGCAGCUAGAUGCAGACAUUAAUGUGGCCAGUGCAGAAAACGACACGCCGCUUCAUCUAGCCGUGUUGUGCGGCAAGGUAGACGUUGUCGAGGCGCUUCUCGAACUUCCUGUGGAUAAGGAAAAGACGAACAAUGACGGCGAAACAGCAUUACUGUUGGCCCUUGACACGGGCAAGUUGGAAUUUGCUAAGCGGCUGAUCGAGAAGGGCGCGAACCCCAAUCACGUCGGUCAGUUCGGUAACACUCCGCUCCACAGUCUGAUUAGACCACGUUACGUGGGCCACAAUAAGAAUGUUUCAAUGCUGCUCGGGGUAGCUAAAGCUUUGGUAAAGGAGGGUGCAGACCCUUGGGCUAAGAACAAGAAGGACCGGACACCUACUGAUCUUGCCAAGGAGUUGAUUAUCUAG